AUGACGGGAGCGGCGGCGACGGUGUUCUUGGCGGCAGCCACCGUGAUAACCCAGGCUGAGGGGGGCACCUACGUGCUAACCCCAACCUCGCGACCAGUCCUGCACUCCGCGGUCUUCCAGAGCGAGACUGCCGAGAAGUUCGAAGAUUGCCCUGGUUGCCUCGACUCGGGGGGCCCCGUGUACGUCAAGGAGAAAGGGAUAGGGUACACCAACGGGGGACUGCUGGCCGAGUACGGGGAUGGAGAAUGGCCGCUGUUGGCGGCGUACAACAAGGGGGAGAUGUGCGACAACGGCAACUUCUACGAGCGCGACGAGAUCUCCGCCCGGCACGGCAUUUGUGGCGACCCGAAGCAGUUUGCCCUGGAGAGCACGAACGCCUACAGCAGCAGCCUCAGCGACUGGUCCGCCCUGGAGACGUUGAAGGAGGGAGGGGUGUUGGACAUCAAGGUCGUCGUGGCCGAGUACCUCGGGUUCCGGCACUCACGGCUUCGGCGGGCAGUCAGUCUGGCUACCUCGAAGAGCCACAACGAACCGUACCUUGAUGCGAUACUUGCGUUGAAGUAG